UUUCAAAAUUUGCCAAACGAACGGAAAAAAAUGCACUCGGGUGACCCAGUUCCAAGAGCCAUAAAGGCGUGGCAUAUAUCAUUGUUGGUGGUUUUUAUCAUACUGCAGUGCAGUGAGACAGAGGGAAAACGUAUUCAUCACAGCUAUCAAAAUGAAGCCACUCCCCGUUUGGAUGGACGCAUUGUGGGCGGUGAAGAUGCUCCCUUGGGCUUUGCACCCUAUCAGGUAUCCAUACAAUCGAUAUUUGGCACCCAUCUUUGUGGCGGUGCCAUCCUAGAUCCAGAAUGGAUUAUCACAGCCGCCCACUGUGUGCAGGAUUAUCCAUUGGAUGUGUUACGUGUAAUAACAGGCACCAACAACUGGCAUGAACCGGGAGCUGUUCGCCAGCUUGCAAUUGCCAUACCCCAUUGUCGCCAUGAUCAGCCAGAAUUUCACAACGACAUAGCCUUGGUGCACUUGAAUGAGCCAUUGGUCUUUGAUAACUUAACCAAUAAAAUUGAGUUGUCCCACGAAGUACUGAAGGAGGGCGAUGUCGUCACCAUUACCGGUUGGGGUGCAACGCGAUUGAAUGGAUAUCCUCCAGAUCUUUUGCAGAAAUGGGAUUUCAAUUUUAUACCCCACGAAGAAUGCCGCCGUAGAUGGGAAAAUGAUGAGGGUGUUGGUGUGGGCCAUAUUUGUUCAAUGACGAGAGAGGGAGAAGGUGCCUGCAACGGUGAUUCGGGUGGUCCAGUGACAUUCAAAGGGAAACUGGUGGGCCUGGUUAACUGGGGUGCCCCAUGUGCCCGCGGCAAACCAGAUAUGCAUGCCAGCACCGUUUAUUAUCGUGAUUUUAUACAACUAGCUUUGAGUCAGUGUACUAGGUUAAGGGGUUAAGGGAGGGCAUCAAUGUGUUCGAUGAUAUAUUUAAGAGAAAUAAAUAAUAAAUUAUAUUUUACAUUA